GCCCGCCCGGGGGAGCGGCGUGCGUGAGCGUGUUCUUGCUGCUCCAUGGGGGCGUUGAGUGGGGCUGGCGCGAUGGGAGCGGCUGUGGCGGCCUUUUACGUGACAGCUGCGCCCCACUCCGCGCUCGGGGGAGAUUCUGGGGAACUGAUCACAGCUGCCUAUGAGCUUGGAGUUGCUCAUCCUCCGGGCUACCCCCUCUUCACUCUUCUGGCUAAACUGGCCAUUGAGCUUUUUCCCUGUGGUUCUGCUGCAUAUCGCGUUAAUCUCUUCUGCGCAUUGUUGGGGGCAGCUGCAGCAUCGCUUUUGUUUUAUACAGUUGUCAGGCUUUCUGGCUCGCAGGCGGCAGGAGUCUUUGCUGUGGGGAUGUUUUCGUUUUCCCGUCUAACGUGGCAAUGGUCUAUCACAGCAGAGGUUUUCAGCUUAAACAAUCUGUUUGUGGGGCUGCUGAUGGCGCUUUCUGUGCAAUUCGAGGAAGCAACAACUGCAAAAGAGAGAUCAAAGAUCUGUAAAGUGGGUGCCUUCUCUUGUGGACUGAGCAUGUGCAACCAACAUACCAUUGUGAUCUACGUGCUUUGCAUUGUUUUGUGGGUUUCCUCUCACUUGUUCAGGGAACGUGAGCUGACCCUGAGCAAUGUGCUGAAGUUAAGUUUCUGCUUCUUGGCUGGUUGUCUGCCUUAUCUCUACUUGCCGAUUUCUGCCUACCUCAAUAAAGCCCGCUGGACCUGGGGAGACCAGACAACCUUUAAAGGAUUUAUCACCCACCUUCUCCGGGAAGAGUAUGGCACAUUCAGUCUGGCAAAAUUGGAAAAUGGAUCCAGUAUGACUGAUGUAUUGGUUUUUCAGGUGACCCACAUGAAGAUGGAACUUUCCUUCGUUGUACAGGCCUUUGCAAUUGCGGCAUGUGUAUGCUGUGCAGUGAGGCCAAAGAUAGGGAAGUCACAGUUGAUUUGGCUGUUUGCAUCAAUGUUAUUGACAUACUCUUUCUUCUUUGCUUGGAGGGCAAAUUUGGAUAUUUCAAAGCCCCUGUUUAAGGGGGUGGUUGAGCGAUUCUGGAUGCAAAGCAAUGCAGUGAUUGUCGUUCUAGCUGGCUUUGGCUUCUCUUUACUCUUUUUUCUUGGUGAGAUAUUUGUCGGAAACAGCAGAAGGAUUUACCAUUUGGAAUGGCUUCUGGCAGCUGUUUUUGUUACUGCUCAAAUCUAUUCCAAUUACAGUGUCUGUGACCAAAGUAACAACAAUGUUGUUGACCGGUUUGCCAUGAAUCUUUUGUCCUCCAUGCCUCCAGAUGCCAUAAUCUUGCUAAGAGGGGACCUGCCUGGGAAUUCUCUUCGCUACUUGCAUCAUUGUGAGGGCAUAAGACCUGAUAUCACCUUAAUUGACCAAGAGAUGAUGACUUACCAUUGGUAUUUGCCAAAGCUGGCUAAACAUUUACCUGGUGUCAUCUUUCCUGGAGACCACUGGAAUCCUGUAGAAGGGCCAUUACCUGAUGGAACAACCACAUUCAACCUUCAUCACUUCCUCAAAGUAAAUAGACACAAAGACACCUUUGUUUGUAUUGGACUCCAUGAAGGUGACCCUACCUGGAAAAAAGACUAUUCCCUUUGGCCCUGGGGCUCUUGUGAUAAACUUGUAUCUUCAAAAGCUCCCUUUGAUCCUGAAAUGUGGAUUGAGCGUACCCAAAAUCUCUAUAACUGGACUGAGGAAUAUGGAAGGUUUGACUCAUCUUCCUGGGAGUUGGUAGCAAAUGAAGAGAUGUGGCAAGCCAGGAUGAAAACAGCCUUCUUUCUUUUUGACCUUGCAGAAACUGGUUCCCCCUCUGUGAAAGAGAAAGCAAAGCUUUACACGCUUGCUUAUAAGCUGUACAAGGAAAUUGUAAACACGUAUAAAACUCAUCCAGUGAACUGGCACAAAAAUUACGCUAUUGCCUGUGAGAGGGUGCUGCAUCUUCACCCACCAAGCGAAGACCCAGAAGUGCUACUCUUAGCAAUCAUCAAACACUUCCACCUUUACUUGGAGAAAGCUGCAGAUGAUCCCCAGCAGAGCAGUAUUUUGCAAGCCAUAAAGCAUAUGAAGAAAGAACUUCGGGAACUGAGAAAAGUGAAAAAGGCAGCGAGGCGACCAGUGUAGGACAUGUUGAGCUCAAGGAAAAAUCUGUUGGAAAGGAAAUGAAGAGUAAGAGAAGGAUUCCAUAGACGGAAACAAAGCAAGCUUAAAUGCAGUGUUUUAGAUAGGAGGAAAAGACUAAUCAAGAGAAGGGCUUUUGUUGAUAUAGAGAAGCAUAAACAUAGGUUGGGGAAAAUGAAUUGGGAUUUUUCUCUCUUUUGAUGUUACAAUGUGUAGGAGGUCAUUAAAUGAAGAUGAACGUUGGAGAUUCUAACUGAAACUUCUUAACACAGUGCAUUGAUAAUUAGAGCACUGGUGGCUCAGAAUGAAAUAUUGCAGGCUAACUGCCCAUAGUCUGGAAUUCAAUCCUGACUGGCUCAAGGUUAAUUCGGCAUUUUUAUUCUUCCGAGGUUGGUAAAACAAGGACCCAGAUUGUAGGGGGCAAUGUGCUGACAUUAUAAACUGCCAGAGAGUGCUGUGAAGCACUGUGGAGCAGUAUAUAAGUCUAAGUGUAUUGCUGUUGCUAAUUUGCUUCCCUGGUUUAUGGCUGCCAACUACAGUCGGGUGAGGUCAGCUCUGAUUAUAGGAUACAUUUACAUUGUAUUGUUUUCUUGUUAACAAUAUGGAAGCUGUCUUCUUCUGAUAUGGUCCUUUAACUUUCCAAUCAAGUGCACAGUCUUGGCAUUUACUUGGUGGUCUCCCUUCACAUACUAAGCAAGAUUGACCCUGCUUGGUUUUUUUAAGAAUCAGGUAUGUUUGAUUAGGCAUUGUCACUUGCUGUAAACAUGGCUAACAGAUGGGAUAAAAGGACACAAGGCAGAUUUAUAUUGACAGAGAGUCAUACCAAGCUUGGAGCAUCUCAAAAGCGUUCAGUUGAGUACUAUUGGGAGUACAGUGUUGGACUUGAGAUGUCUCUGAUCUGACUAGCAGGAUACUCAUAUGUUCUGUUUGAUUUAUCCAUUUGUAUAUGUUUAUGUGCUACUGUUUAGUGAUAACAUCAGAGUCAAGAUCUUAAUAGCAAAAACUGACCUGACAAAAUUGGCCUUUGAUAAUCAUAGAAUUCAUAGAAGUUAAUGGAAGUUUUUCCAUUGUUUGUGUGCAUCACUCAAACAUCAUGGAGAGUGUUUAAUUUAGAAAAACAAAUGCUCCUUUUAAAGAUCAGGCAUGUCUACUUAGGACCAGCUUAUCUCUUGAAAGCCAGUGGUCUCUGUACCCCCAACUUAUUUUCAUAAGAUAAAAUUUAAACUAUUUGCAACUUUUUCUGAAUAGAUAUGAUUUGACUAGAAUUAGUACUACAGGUAAUCCUUAUUUAGUGACUGCCUUGUUUAGCAACUGUUCACAGUUACAAUGGUGAUGAAAAAGUAACUUUGCUAUCAGUCCUCACAUUUACAAUUUUCAGUCUGUAAAGCAAAAGACAGUUGAAAUAAGAUCAUAAGCAGAGAUGUGGUUUCAUUUACUGACAUCUUCACUUAAUGACCAAGUUGCUGAUCCCAAUUGUGGUCAUUUAAAAAGGACUACGUGAACUCUAGUCACCUCAGAAGUAGAUUACUAUAGAAAAAUUCAAAAUGAAUGGACCAUAUUUUAGAAAUUGAAUAUAUAUUAUGAAUAUCAAAGGUCUCAACUUCAAUCACCUACAUUUCUGCAAGAAAAAGCAGAGGUGCAGCUGAUAGGAAUUAUACUGUAUUUCUGUCAGAUUUUAGAGAGCCAUUGAUAGUAGUUUCAGGUAUUUAAAGUAAGUUGUGAGGGGGCUAGUUCACAAACAAUAGUGAAAAAUUGGAUCACUUCUUACACUUCUGAGAAGAGCUGUACUUUCAUACAGUUUUUUCUACUCAAAGUGCUGAUUUUGAGCAUUAGAAUCCUCUACCUCUAUCCUUUUUGGACCAGAUAACUUUAAGGACUUAUAAUUUCUAUAUAAACUUCUCUGAUUUCUGAGAUCUUCCUUGGAUAAUGCCUGCCAGUUGAAGUAAGAUAGGCUCGAGAUGGGUUAUAUCCAAACUUGGACAUCGUGUGUAACAAUGUGAAAAUGGAACUGUGUAUUUCCAGUCAUAAUGUUGUAGUUCUGCUACAGGAGGGAAGGCAACCCAUCAAAUAGUUUUCUUACCGUUGUCAAAUGUCAUUAGUGGCAGAGCUCUGAUAAAUAUCUUUUUAUUGUUCCACACAUUUUAAUUGUAGAUUUUUAUAUUGUUCUGAUCCAGCUUUGUUUUAUUUAACCUCUUUUGUAGCUUUUGAAGGAUGCUCUUGAUGUUUAUUUAUAUAAUACUGUUCUUUCGGAUUUACUAGUUGCACUGAGGGAUUUUUAUCUGAAUAACAACAUGAACAUACAUUUAAUAAAUAAGUAAAUUCUUGUA